GGAAGGACUGGAGCUUGGAGGCAUGCCAUGAGACUUCAAAGAUCAGAAAAUCAGAGUAAGGGAGACCCUGCCCAGCUGGGGAGGGAGACUCCCUCCCCCAGCAUUUAAGGACCGAAGUUGCUGUCCCUGUUGAUGAUGAUGACAAAAUCGUGGGGGGCUACACCUGCUCUGUCCCCUACCAGGUGUCCCUGAACUCGGGGUACCACUUCUGCGGGGGCUCUCUCAUCAACAACCAGUGGGUUGUGUCAGCUGCUCACUGCUACAAAUCCCGCAUCCAGGUGAGGCUCGGUGAAUACAACAUCGAUGUGUUGGAAGGGGACGAGCAGUUCAUCAACUCUGAUAAAGUAAUUCGCCACCCCAAAUACAAUUCAUGGCUCCUGGAUAAUGACAUUAUGCUGAUCAAGCUGGCAACCCCAGCUGCCUUGAACUCCCGUGUUACAACCAUCUCUCUUCCUUCUGCCUGUGUGGCUGCUGGGACUCAGUGCCUGAUCUCUGGGUGGGGAAACACCCUCAGCAGUGGCUCUAACUACCCUGAGCUUCUUCAGUGUGUGGAUUCUCCAGUCCUGACUGAGGCUGAAUGCAGUGAUGCUUACCCAGGACAAAUCACUACAAACAUGAUCUGCGUGGGAUUCCUGGAGGGUGGCAAAGACUCCUGCCAGGGUGAUUCUGGUGGCCCAGUCGUGUGCAACGGUGAGCUCCAAGGAAUUGUGUCCUGGGGGAUCGGGUGUGCUUUGCAGGGUUACCCUGGAGUCUACACCAAGGUCUGCAACUAUGUUGACUGGAUCAAGGAGACCAUUGCCGCCAACUAAGACAUGCGUCUCCUGCUGGUCUCCUGAUGACAUUUCCUUUCCUCCCCUUUAAUUCAUCUUUGAAAAGAACAUAGCACAAAUAAAAAGAUAUAUUAGCUGUAGCAAGUACUUCCUUAGUGCCAGUUGUUGUUUUUUCCUCUGGGUUAUUCAUAACACCUUACUGGUUCCCUAGCACCUCUCAUUGCUAAAAUGCUGUGUAGAUGGUGCAUAAUGGGAUCACUGCCCCCACACUGAAGUGAUCUCCCUUUGAGUGAAACACAGCAAUACUCUGCAUGAAAAACUAGCUCAGGAAGUGAGGCAGGAGAGUGGAUCCAGUUGUACCUGCUGGAGGAAAUUUAGGGAGGCUGUGUUUCUUCAGGAUGGACUAUGGCCAGGACUUCUUUAAACAUACAAAAUGAUUCAUGGGUCUUUUAAAAUAAGAUUUAGUAGUUUGUGCAAAGUGGUGACUGGUAGCCCUAAAGAUUGAUUCACAAUGGGAGACAAAACACAGGAAGCAACAGAACAGCACUCUCGUUCUCUUCCCCCCCACCCCAAUACAGGAUCAUUCUGUAGGGUGUAUUCUCUAGUGCUGAGUCCAGUGCUGUUCUAAAUGACUUGAGUGAUGGGGCCACCAUUUCCCUCAGAGACCAUUCCACAAUCUAACAGGUCUGUUAGAAAAUAUUUCCAGAAAUCUCGCCACUUUGCUCAGUUUUGUCACAUUUAUUUGUGUACUUCUGGUCCUUUCUCCUCCUUGAAAUAGAUUUAAGAUGUCUUGCCUGCAGCAGUUCCCCUGAAGGUACACAAAGCAUAACUGAAGCUCUCUCUUCCUCCUCAUCCUUUUCUGUCUCUCUCCAUGUCUCCUCUUUGAAUUUAUGCAGGAUACACUCAUUGGCGCUGGAACACUUUUUAUAGUCGGGGUACUGAAAGC